AAAUGUAUUAGCACGAAAUUGUGCUGUAAAUUGCGUAAAGGACGUUCGACGUGCUUUCGGGCCGACAAUAUUUACUUAUUUUCCAUGUACAAUCUCAUAUCAGCGAAUCUACCGAUGAAUCAGGAUAACAAAAUGAAAUUCUCUUAAAAUUUGCAGUGAAAGUAAACUCUUCCAACAAUGGCUGUUUUCGGUCUUGUAUCGGCUGUAGCCGGAUUCGUGAAGGUGCGCUAUUUGAUCGACAAGGCUAUCAUCGACAACAUGAUAUUCCGUUGCCAUUACAGAAUAACCAGCGCAAUUCUAUUCGUUUGUUGCAUCAUUGUUACAGCAAAUAAUUUGAUUGGUGACCCGAUUUCUUGCAUUAAUGAUGGUGCCGUACCCGGUCACGUCAUUAACACUUAUUGCUGGAUUACCUACACCUUCACAUUACCAGGUGCACAUGGUAAACACGUUGGGACUGAAGUCGCCCAAAGUGGUCUGGGCAACGAUAAUCAGGACAAAAUUUUCCAUAGCUACUAUCAGUGGGUACCAUUUAUGCUAUUCUUUCAGGGUAUAUUGUUCUACGUACCCCAUUGGAUAUGGAAAAACUGGGAGGAGGGUAAAAUUCGGAUGAUUUCCGAAGGCAUGCGAGGAGUGUUAACGUCUUCAAUCGAUGAACGUGUAUCGCGUCAAAGACGUCUAAUAAAAUACAUUUACGACAGUAUACGAACCCACAACACAUACUCGUUCGGCUAUUUCUUCUGCGAAUUGCUCAACUUUGUCAACGUUGUUGGUAACAUAUUUUUCGUCGACAAAUUUUUGGGAGGAGCUUUUCUGACGUAUGGAACGGAUGUGGUCAAAUUUUCGAAUAUGAACCAGGAAAAUCGGUCCGAUCCGAUGGUAGAAGUGUUUCCGCGUGUAACAAAAUGUACAUUCCACAAGUUCGGAGCAUCUGGAAGUAUCCAAAAACACGAUGCUCUGUGUGUAUUGGCAUUGAAUAUUUUGAACGAGAAAAUUUAUAUUUUCCUUUGGUUCUGGUUCAUUGUGUUAGCAUUUUUGUCUGGCUGUGCAAUUAUUUAUUCAUCGAUUGUUGUCAUGAUGCCGACUACAAGAGAAUCAAUUAUUAAGAGAAGGUUCCGAACAGGAACACCGAAGGAAAUCGAAAUGUUGAUUCGCAACAUUCAGGUUGGCGAUUUCCUGCUACUCCAUUUACUAGGCCAAAACAUAAACGUGAAUUCAUUCGGUGAUAUAUUGAGGGGAUUAUGUGAUAGAAUUAGUGGUACAUCAGUCGGUGGAACACCGUCCGCACCGUCGACACUGGAAAUAUCACCGUUCUAUUCGAGUUUAGAUGGAAAUGAAAAGGAAACGAUGGCCUAACGUUUCGUUACCUUCACUGUCUAGUUGUGCUAAUUGAUCAAAAUUUCUCUCUUUCUUCAUUUUUUUUAAAAUCUCAUUUUCGAAAGACUGCUAAAAUUUUAAGUCAAUUUUUCCAAAACAAAUCAAUUUACUGCACGAAAAUCCCAACAAAAUAUAGGAACUCAUAACGAUCUGAUUUAUCACUCUCAGUCGUUUGACGAUUAAAAUGCUUUGUGUGUUGUUUAAAAAUUGACUGAACAAUCGGACCGAAGUGUAUUUGUAAACUUUUAAAUGAAAUUUACACGAAAAAAAAUUUUAUGAAAGAAAAUUGAUAAAUCAAAUUAAAAUUAAAUUUAGGCUUAAGUAAAUAAGUAGAAAGUAAGCGUUAGAAACGUCUUGAAUCAUUGGAGUUUUUUUUUUAAAUUAAACAAAACAAAUCAAAACGAAUUUAUGCGAUUUUUGUCACAACUUCCUUACUAAAAAUAUAUUUAUCAUUUCAUUUCGAUUAUAGGGACACUACAAGCGAGACAAAAGAAAUAGGUACCUAAAUAUCUGCCAUCCAUUCCAUUAUGACUAAUUGAUCAGAAAUAAACUUAAUAUUUAAUCAA